AUACAACCAGAAAAUAAAAUGCAAAAAACACCAGGACCAAAACUAUCUUCCAGAAUAUAUACAAGGACACUUACAAGGGACAAAAUACAAUCCAACAUGAAAGCCUAACAAAAUCCAUUAAAAUGUAGCAGAUAAAACUGGUAUUUAACAUUAUCAACAUCCGUGAAUGAUCAAAUCAGCACUGAGCUAGUAAAUAAAUAAACAGGAAUCCUUGUCAGAUCUCAAGGCCAACAUCUCCAGACAGGAUCUGAAGUCAGGGGAGGGUUCUUUUCUGCAGCCAUUGUCCUGUAUUUCUUUAAAGGAUCCUAAGGGAACACUUCUUAAUGCAGACGUAUGUAGCCCAGCUUCACUUAUUCUGUGUCUCAGGAAAGCCAAUUAUACCUCUGCUCGCAAAAUGAACAAACUGCUUAAUUUUCUCAUCUUCCCACUGGCGUUCUUUGAGGCUAAUGCACAUCGGGAGCAGUCCUUCAGUUUGCACUGCAAUGAGACCCUGCUGGAAGAAUUCAGCAUGUACUGCUGGCUUCCCUUCCAUGGAGACAUGUCACUCAUGCAGAAGGACAGCUUGUGCGACUGGAAUAAAGUCAUCAGGUCAUACAACACUCUCACCAUCUGCAUGCAGCAUGUGACAGAAAUGCUAAGCUGCUACUAUCCCAAUCCCAAAGUGCAGGACUUCUUCCUGCAGAUCCACUCCCAGUAUUUCCAAAACUGCACUGAGGAGGAGGAGGAGGUGUUCACAGACCCCCCCGAGGCCGUGGUCCUCACCCUGAUCAUCGUGCCUGUCUGUCUCAUCCCUGUCCUGGUGACGCUGGUUGUCUGGAAGAGCAGAAUCAGGGAGCAGGAGUGAGGGCUGAGAAGCAGCAGGCAGAAAAGGAGGAGAAAGAUUGGAUCAACUGGACUGCAAAAAUUAUUUCUCCAAUGCAACAUCUGCUCCACUUUAAAUGCACCCUAAUAUAACCCCAGACAGAUUUCCUAAACUACGGUUAAGUCAAAAUCACUUAGUUUUCACUCUACGACAUUUUUCUUUAUGGAUAUGUGCCUUAAAAUAUUUACUCGCUUUCAGAAAAGCAGGAGGAUUUGCAUCUGCAGCAAACAGCUUUGAGAAUUUCCCAGUGUUUAAUUUUCUGUGGUCACUGGCUGGACACAUGGGCAGCUUGUGUAAUAAAUGUCCUACCAGGGGGAGCUGGAA